ACUUUCACUUCAAAAGCCGGUGGCCUUCCCUCUCUUUGCCGCUUUAACAUUCUGUGCUUCGAGCUCGUUGCUCUCGCCCUUCCUUCCUUCCUUCCGUCCCUUUUAGCCUUCGCUCCUACAGCUCUCUAUCGAGCUUUUAGUUCUUUUUCGGCAGUCCGAUCAAGAGGAUGGUUUGGUCUGAGAAUUAGAAGACCCACCACAACAACAGUUACUACUUUUACUGCCAUAACCAACGCGACAAGUUGGGAAGUGAUGCAUUCACUAGGGAUCACCACAUCGCAAGAACGACGAGAAAUGAGAGGCCGGCAAAAUCGAACUGUCAACCGUCGGUGAGUGAAGAUUGCCUCCUGCCUUCGGGUGGGACUUUCGGAGGAAGUACAGAAGACGGAAAACUCAUAAAACUUUUUUGGCUUCCAUCUCCAUUUUGCCCAAGAAAUCGAUCCCUUGCCAAAGGGAACGAAUGAACGAUCGGUCGGGCGGUUGGAGGAAUAGUGCGAGUGAGUGAGUGAGUGUGGCAGUGGGGCAUCUUGCAUUUAAAUUUCUCAAACAACUUCCUUUCAAUGCGAAGUUGUCAUUGAGUGCAUUUUUCAAAUUUCUCCCAGAGAAGUUCCUCCGACAUCCCUUCACAAGGUCUAUCAAUUAAUCCAGCGCUUGGGAACACAUCCCUGAGUCAACGAGUUCCUCACAUUCAGGCUAACAUUGGAGCAUUAUGUGAGGAAGGCCCAGAUAUAAACAAAGGCCAGGCGAAAGAAGACCAAACCAGGAGGAGAAAACCAAUUGUUUCUGCCUUUUUCUUCUUUCCUGACUUCUUUUGGGAGGCUGGCCGAGGAGAGCUCCUAGCAACCGAUAUGCGUCAGACCAAGGACAUGGGCACGGGCCACCGAGCGGAGAAACCCUUCUAAAUCCAGAGAUUGAGGUGCGUUUUGUGAGGACGAGGCAAAAAAGUCGUGAUCUGUCAUCCAUCUGGGGUAACCAGGCGCCCAGUUCUCGGGUGCUUAGUAGUCAAAACAGCCUUCGUGUGGGUUGGUCCCACAGUCUCUGAAGUGGCUUGGAUACCCAAGGACUCCGAUGAUCAUUACUCCAAAUGAUCUCGUGUGAUGGUGCUCAUCUUGACGAUGAACUCCCUUCUUGGCUGCGUCCACGGGGUGUUUGCGGUGAAUGUGUGAUGAUGUUAUAUCCAUCCAUGUUCAUUCAGGAGAACCACCCAUUCCGGAAUGAGUUUGCAUGUCUGAUGAAUUCUGGUCAAGGCCGAGCCAGAUACUUUUUGUGAGAGUGAGCUAGCUGUCAGGCACAGGGGGAUCACCCUCCCUCACGGUCCACGACAAGGCCUUCAAAAUGAAGUGGGAAUGCAAAGAAGAUGCACCCGAGUCAGCACUCGUCUCUGAGUGGUGAUGGGAAUGAACAAGAGGAUCUUUUAUCUGCUCCCAUCUGAAGUCUGACUCCUUCGGAGUAGAACAACAACGUAACCUUCCAUCCAUGAGGAAGACCGCGUCCAUCCUCCAUCGUACCCCACACGUUCAGACACUAAAGUUUCUGCCUGGAUUGCCACUACUCCGAAAAUGAUGCUCAUGUCAUCUCCAGCGACUGGAAAGCGGCACUAAGAGAAAUGUCAGUAAGUUGUAGCUGGCUGUCUCUUUCACUCUUGAACUGACUAGAUCCAACCCAAACCAACUCCUGAAGUGCCCAACAACAUUUCCAAUGGUUCGCGAGGAGCGGGGCCGAAGAAUGGCGCCCGUAACGUCGAGCCUGAAGACCCACUCAGGGAGUGGCAGCGGGAUUCCAUUCCGAAGCAACCAGAGGAAGGCCUUGACCUCGGGGAUGGAUGCCUAUGGAAGCGAUCGGCUCCGAACCAAUCGCCGCCAUCACUAUCAACCUCCCCGGAGGCGAUUCUUUGGGGAUGAGGGCUUCAAUGAGGAGUCAGGUGGAAGCCUACCUACGCCCACUCCGGUUCAACAAUCGUCUGAGGGUGAAGAGGGUCCUCCUUGGUACCUUGGUAAUGGCGAUUGUUGUCGAUUUGGUGAUGAUGUCGAUGGCGGCCUUUCGGAUGCCUGUACCGCUCAGAGUCGGGACCGUCACAAAGAAGACCCAGUUCUGCCAGGCACCCGCACUGAAAUCGACGUGAUCCGAGACUGGUUCCUCAACAUUUUCCAGCCCGUGGAAAAGACGGCGGAUAUUGAAGUCAUAGACUUUCGAUUUGAAGCCGUCCGGCGGAAAUUCAGAGCCAACGUGGCCGGCCCAAGGCUUUCAAACCCUUCAUCAAGAUCUGCUCGGGCUAAGGAACCCACCACGUCUGAACCGUCUGCACCGUCUGCACCAGAGGCCUCGUUGGCAUUGGGCAAACUCAUGGACGACCGUGGUCGUCUCCACCGCUGUGAUGAAUUCGACCUUGUCUUUGAUGACGAGACCUUGAAUGGAAACAACUUCCGGGUGCUGAAAAAGGCUGAGGUCGACUUGAAAGUGAAUGGCAAGCCUAAACAAUACUCUGUAAUCAUUAAGGUGCUUCCCACGGACGACCCCAGUCGUCAUUGUGACCGACGAAAGUUUUAUUAUCUCAUGAAGUUUGGGAAGGAGGCCCAAGUUUACCAUGAUGUCAUUCAAUGUAUGGCCAUCUAUGACGAGAAGCGAUACCCGAGCGCCUGCGUGGAACCCCCCGUUCCCAAAUGCUAUCUCAGCCAGUUCGACAACCAAAACGACGUGAUGGUUCUUGAAGACCUCGAGUUCAGUGGCUACAAAAAGUAUGACAAAGGGGAUCAUAUCUCGGAUGUGGAUCACUGCCGGGUGGUGCUCCGCCGCCUGGCCCAUUUUCAUGCCAUCUCAACGCUUAUUCAAAGAGACUCUGAAAUGUGCCUGGUGGAUCUGUUUCCAUUUGUGAUUGAUGCAGUUGCCUUCCGGCAACGAUUUCGGGCCCAGGUGGCCAAUGUGCGCCGCCAGCUCUUACCCUAUUUGAACGAGAUGCGGAAAAAGAAGCGAGAUGAGAAGAGGAACGGCAGUCGCAACGACAAACACGAACAAUUGAGGGGUCUGCUCAAGGAGUAUGGCCUGUCCACGGCAACACUGGACUCGAGACGACCUCGACUCCCCAAUGGAACUGAGGAUGACCCCACGAGCACGGAUGAAAGCCAAGACAAAGACCGACCUCCUGAAGAGCUCCUCGAGAGGCAUUUCGAAGAUUUGUUCUGGAAAUUAGUCGAGCUAAGGGCCCCGCCCGGUGAUCGACGCCUGAGUGUGCUUGUCCACGGAGGCUUGGACCUCUCGAACAUAGUCUUCCAGUACGAUGAAGCCAGUGGCAGACCCAUUUGUGCCAAAUUCCUAGAUUUCUCCACUCUGACAGUGUCAAGUCCGGUGAUUGACAUCACCUACUUCCUUCAUCGCUCCGUCCAACCCGGCCUCGCUCGAACGCAUCACGCCACACUGCUCCAACACUACCACCGAGCUCACACCGAGGCCAUUAAAUCAUUUGGGAUGCAUGGCUUUGAGUUGGAACUGGAGACGCUCCUAAACGAGUACCAGGCCAAACAGGAUGUCGGGGCUAUGAUGGGGUGUCUGCUCAAGCCGGCCUUUUUUGUCCUUCAAAAUAUCAAUGCAGAGAAAGACAAAGAGCGUGAGAAUGGGGGAAAGAAUGGAGCCCAUCUAUCUUCUUCCGCUUCAAAGUCCAAAUCGGGUCCAACGAAUAAGUCACUCCCGAGCGGGCCAGGGGGGCCCUCGGAAUCGAGUCUAACUACGGAGGACGACGACUCCCAUGCUCAAAAUGGUUUGACUAAUGGACGGUCCCCACGCAAUCUCGAGCAAGAGGAUGAACCAGACGAGGACGACGAGGAGCAGGAUUUGGACGAGUCUCUGCGGAUCCGGCCCACCAUCCCCACUGAGGUACUCAAGCUAGACAAAAGCCUCGUGCCCAUCGACCUUCAACUCCACCAACACCUGGCCCAACUGACAAAAGAGUGCAGCUGCCCUUGCCAAUACUCCGGCGGAGACGCCCAAGACACCAAUGGAUCUGGUCAGCCUCGGAAUGGGGAUCGAGGAGCAUCCAAUCGAUUAGAGGAGUGUGAACUCACCAUGGCCGAGCUGAGCUCAGAUUCGUUGGAAGAUCUGCACAUCUUGGCGCGGCAGCAGCUCAAGAACUCCAGCGGGCUCAAAACCUUUGACUGUGGAGGUGGAACCAGCGGAAAUCCACUGAAGAAAUUGAUUCGAGGCCUAAUACCACACUCCAGCCAUGCGAAAGACCAAGCCAAUAAUACUACAGGCGCCUCGGCUUCCGAGUCACAACCAACCAAGGGGAAGGAUGAGAAGAAGUCCUGAAAAGCAAUUUAUGGAGUGGGGAGCUCAACAAUGGGGAGGAAAGAAGAUCUCAUACUUAUGGGAACUGCAUAUCAAACUUGCUCAUGCCCAAGAUGUCCGAACUAUAUUUUACUAACUUGCUCUACUAAUAUGAACGUACCCUGUGAUAUUUUGCCUCUCUCGCCGAGUGAAACCAGAAAUGAAUACCAAUGCCAAAAGUAGCAGUACAUACUAUAUACUACGUACUGAAGAGAUCGGUCGACUAGGAUUGCUUGCCACUUUUCAGUCUGUACAAAUGCGCUUCAUUAGAAUCAAUGAGAAACGAAGUAAAUACGACCAUGAUUAAACUCGACUUUCGUUGUGCAUGCAUUGUUUAGGAUGUUCAAUCAGUUCGAAACU